AUGAAGCUCCUAACUGGAUUAUCACUUUUAUCUCUUAUCCCUCACACAUUGUCUGUUCCCAUGGGCAACAGCAAUCGUCCACGCAGCUCAGGUCAAGAUGGUCAGCAACCCCUGCUGAACCUCAAGCCCCAACGGACUUCCUCCCGAGACCUCAUCUCCCUCGAUGGCCUGUGGAACUUUGCCCUCGCCUUCGAUGACAACUCUACCGCCCAGCCCUGGACCGGCCCACUUCCUAAAGGCCUCGAAUGCCCCGUCCCAGCCUCAUACAAUGACAUCUUCGUAUCCCAAGAGAUCCAUGACCACGUCGGUUGGGUAUACUACCAGCGCCAGGUGAUCGUGCCGCGGGGCUGGUCUGGCGAGCAGUAUCUAGUGCGCGCUGAAGCCGCCACGCACCAUGGUCGUAUCUAUGUCAACGAUCAUCUGGUCGCGGAGCAUGUGGGCGGGUAUACGCCGUUUGAGGCUGAUAUAACGGAUCUUGUGGUUGUGGGAGAAGAAUUUCAAUUGACGAUUGCUGUGAAUAAUGAGUUGACUUAUGAGACGAUUCCGCCAGGAAAGGUUGAUGUUUUAGAGAAUACAGGCAGAAGGGUGCAGGAUUAUCAGCAUGAUUUCUUUAAUUAUGCUGGUCUUGCGCGCUCUGUCUGGCUUUACUCGGUUCCGAAGCAGCAUAUCCAGGAUAUUACUGUUAUCACUGAUGUCGAUGGUGAAAUCGGUCUCAUUAACUAUGCCAUCAAGACGUCCGGCAACUCGACGACUGGAAACAACAUCAAGAUCUCCGUCCUUGAUGAAGCUGGAGAGACUGUCUCUGAAGCCUCCGGACAUAAGGGAACCGUUCGCAUUGACUCCGUCAAUCUCUGGCAACCCGGCGCCGCAUACCUUUACCAAUUCCGCGCCGACAUCGUCGACUCCUCCGACAAAGUCCUCGACACCUACAGCGUAGCUACGGGCGUCCGCACCAUCAAAAUCAGUGGCGCACAGUUCCUCAUCAACGACAAGCCUUUCUACUUUACUGGCUUCGGAAAGCACGAGGAUACUGCUGUCCGCGGCAAGGGUCACGACCAAGCAUACAUGGUCCACGACUUCCAGCUCAUGGAUUGGAUAGGAGCCAAUUCGUUCCGUACCUCGCACUACCCGUACGCUGAAGACGUCAUGGACUUUGCUGAUAGGCACGGAAUCGUUAUUAUCGACGAGACACCCGCCGUUGGUCUGGCAUUUUCCAUCGACGCUGGUCUUGAUGCCAGUGACUCCCCCCCGACUUUCGGGCCUGAUGGAAUCAACAACAAGACCCGUGAGGCGCACGCGCAAGCUAUCCGUGAGCUCAUUGCAAGAGACAAAAAUCACGCCAGCGUCGUGAUGUGGUCGAUCGCCAAUGAACCCGCCUCCAACGAAGACGGAGCCCGCGAAUACUUCGAACCCCUCGCCAAUCUCACCCGUUCCCUUGACUCAACCCGUCCCAUCACCUUCGCCAAUCUUGGCUCAGCCACAUUCGAACUAGACCGCAUCUCUGACUUCUUCGACGUCCUUUGCCUCAACCGGUAUUUCGGCUGGUAUUCGGAAACCGGUCAGAUCGACGAAGCAGAAGCCGAACUUGAGAAGGAACUCCGCGGCUGGCAGGAGAAGUUCCCCGAAAAGCCCAUCAUCAUGUCCGAGUAUGGUGCGGAUACUAUUGCCGGUCUGCAUUCUGUUCUCGAUGUUCUUUGGAGCGAGGAAUUCCAGGUGCGGAUGCUGGAUAUGUACCAUCGAGUGUUUGACCGGGUGGAGUCGGUUGUUGGUGAGCAUGUUUGGAACUUUGCGGAUUUCCAGACCGCGCUGGGGAUUACAAGGGUUGAUGGGAAUAAGAAGGGUGUGUUUACCAGGGAUCGGAAGCCUAAGGCGGCGGCUCAUGGGUUGAGGGAGAGGUGGACCAAUAUGUCCUAG